AUGGGGAAACUUGGGGCCGCUCUGCUGGUCGGCGUUGCGGCGUAUCUCACGUACUCGAUUUACAUCAUGUACAGCGAGACGCAGCCGCCGGUGUAUCGUCCCAAACGCAGUGAUGCCGGAGACGAAGGGCCACCCCCUCUUAGCAGCAAUCGUUACUCGCCGGACCUCCUUCUCUCCUACGAGUUCUUUCUCUCUCCGUUCACGGCACUUCCGCCUCUCCAAAACCUCCUAGCCGCAAAAAACGAGGAACGUUUCUUCCACGUAGGCUCAGUCAAGAGUCGCCCGUAUAACUGGGAAGGCGAGGAGCGCCUACGCGAGGCGGAGAAGAAAAACUGGAGCUUUCAGGAACGACUGCGGGAGUCUCUAAACUUCUCCGGAAAAGAGAAAUCGGAUUUGGAAGUUAUCAUCCCCGAGUUUCUCCGCAACAAUGUGACACUAUUCGUCCAUGUACGAACUCGCGACGCAAAAACGGGCGAAGAACUGCCUCUCCAAGCUGUCCAAAAACUCUCCUCGAGUGUUGUUCCAGAACAUCUCAAAGUUCUCAAGCGCUACUUGCUGGAGGAUCCGUGGGGCACGAAACUGGAGGCUGCGACGAAGGAGCUGCAAGUCCCCCCUCCUCCAGUUGAAUCCGUUCCCGAGUACAUUCAGGUGGGACCCGUCCUCGAGCACCGACCGCUGCUGACUGAAGCGCUCCUGCGCACCUUUGGACUCAACUCGCCGGUUGUGGAUAUUAAGACGCAGACCUACGCCCUGCCGAUUCACCUGAACUCCAUGAUCUCCCCCGAGGACGAACACCUGCCUCUCGUCGCGCUCCCUCACGAGCGCUUCGUCGUCCUCCCGGAAGAACAGAGACGCUCCGCUGCAGCCACGUCCCUGAAAAUCACCUACAAACCCACAGGCUACGCUUCUUGGUUGUUUCUGCUGAUCAUGGGGCAAGCGAUGGGAAGCCUGCAGAGCAUGAAGUUCUCUGCGUACGACGUGAACUCUGUGAAGAUGAUGAUGGGCAGCUCUUCGCCGUGGGUUUUGCUCCUCGUCUACCUCAUUUCGCUUUUGCACCUGGUUUUCGAGAUCUUGGCACUCUACUCGGACGUCAAGUUUUGGAGGGGUCAAGAAAAUCUUGCGCAGAACUUUUCCGCAAACGGGCUGCUCAUUGAGAUGGCGCUCGAGGUCAUAACGAUCUUGUAUGUGCGCGACAACGGCGACUCGUUCCUCGUGCAAAUUUUCAUCGUUCUUCGUCUGCUCCUCAACGUGUGGAAACUGCGAAAGCUGGUCACCUUCACGAUCAGUUCCACGCCGCCUUACUUCUUCAAAAUUCGCGGCGCACCCUCUUCCCCAAACGUUGCGGACGGAGCAGAGCCGACCGCGGAGACGGAAGAAAAGAAAAGGAACUCGAGCGGAGAGAAGAAGAGCCAAAAGGCCGAGCGUGCUGCCGUGGACUACGAGGAACUUCAGCGCUUUGAAAAUGCAUGCAUGUGGUAUCUCUGCCUCCUUUUCCUCCCCAUGGUUCUCGGCGUCUCGCUCUACCAGCUCAUCUACGUCCCUCAGAAAGGCUGGUGGUCGUGGCUGGUUACUUCGCUCGCCACAUGCGGAUACACUUUUGGAUUCGUUUCGAUGACUCCGCAACUCUUCCGGAACUACAAACUGCAGUCCGUCACGCACAUGCCUUGGCGAGUCCUCGGCUACCAGUUCACCAACACCUUCAUCGACGACGUCUUCUCAUGCUUCAUUCGAAUGCCCAAAAUGCACAGGAUGAGUGUGUUCCGCGACGACGUCGUUUUCGUCGUCUUCCUCGUUCAGCGCUGGCUCUAUCGACACAAUAAACAGCGUGACGACGAGGAGGCUUCACAGCGGCAGGAGGUGGAGGAAAAGAAGACGAAAUGA